GAGAUUACGCCAUUUGCGCACUUUACGGCGGAGGAAAAGAGGAAGGAUCCUCCUCCAGCGUUAACUUCGGCAGGGAAGUGUGAAGUGGGCCUCGGAGCGCCGUAGUCGCAGCGCCGGUCCGAGCAAUCAUGAGAACAGUGUAUUUUUUCGUGGCUGCUCUCUUUGUCCCAUGGGGUAUAUCUCUGGCAAAAUUUGAUGAGUUUGAUGAUGGAGAUGACAUUGUGGAAUAUGAUGAUAAUGACUUUGCUGAAUUCGAAGAUGUGAUUGAAGAUCCUGCAACUGAAUCUCCCCAGCGAAUUGUGACAACAGAGGAUGACGAGGAAGAGGCCACGGUUGAACUCGAAGGACAAGAUGAAGGACUUGACUUUGAGGAUGCUGAUGCCCAGGAAGGUGAUGCAGAAAGUGAACCAUAUGAUGAUGAAGAAUUUGAAGGCUAUGAAGAGAAACCUGAUGCAACUCCUGGCAAAAGUAAAGAUCCCAUAACCAUUGUGGAUGUCCCUGCCCAUCUCCAAAAUAGUUGGGAGAGUUAUUACAUGGAAAUAUUAAUGGUAACCGGCCUGCUUGCUUACAUCAUGAACUACAUCAUUGGGAAGAAUAAGAACAACCGUCUUGCUCAGGCCUGGUUCAGUAGUCACCGGGAAUUACUUGAAAGUAACUUUGCCCUUGUUGGGGAUGACGGCACCAAUAAAGAAGCCACAAGUACGGGCAAGCUGAACCAAGAAAAUGAACAUAUUUAUAAUCUCUGGUGCUCUGGAAGAGUUUGCUGUGAGGGCAUGCUUAUCCAGCUCAAGUUUCUCAAAAGACAAGAUUUGCUGAAUGUGCUUGCUCGCAUGAUGAGGCCGGCCUGCGAUCAAGUGCAAAUAAAAGUUACUAUGAACGAUGAUGACAUGGAUACCUACGUGUUUGCUGUUGGGACAAGAAAAGCCUUAGUGAGGCUUCAAAAGGAGAUGCAGGACCUGAGUGAAUUCUGCAGUGAUAAACCUAAGACUGGGGCAAAAUACGGGCUCCCAGAGUCAUUGGCUAUCCUGUCAGAGAUGGGUGAAGUCACAGAGGGAAUGAUGGAUACUAAGAUGAUCCAUUUUCUCACACAUUAUGCUGACAAGAUUGAGUCCGUCCAUUUUUCAGACCAGUUUUCUGGUCCAAAACUUAUGCAAGAGGAAGGUCAGCCUUUGAAACUGCCAGAAACUAAAAAAACACUUUUGUUUACUUUCAAUGUGCCUGGAUCAGGCAAUACCUCCCCAAAAGACAUGGAAGCUCUGCUGCCUCUGAUGAAUAUGGUGAUUUACUCUAUUGACAAAGCAAAAAAGUUCCGUCUGAAUAGAGAAGGCAAACAAAAAGCUGAUAAGAACAGGGCACGCGUAGAAGAGAAUUUUCUGAAACUGACUCAUGUGCAAAGGCAAGAGGCUGCUCAGUCCCGCAGGGAAGAAAAGAAACGGGCAGAAAAAGAGAGGAUCAUGAAUGAAGAAGAUCCAGAGAAGCAGCGACGUCUGGAGGAGGCUGCUUUGCGGCGUGAGCAGAAGAAGCUCGAGAAGAAGCAAAUGAAAAUGAAGCAAAUCAAAGUGAAAGCCAUGUGAAAAAACUUUUGCAAGAAAUCUCUUCCUCGGUGCCAACCACAGAAUUGCAAUCCGCUGCCUACAAUGAGUUAGUUAUAUCCCUCAGUUUAAUCUCCGCCCAUUAAGAAUAAUUUGUAACACUAACAUUUUCAACUCGUGGGGUUAUAUUUAAAUCAUUUCUCUGCAUGUAUACAUGUAUUAAGGUUGUUAAGAUGCCAAGAAAUUUUCCCUGGGUUCAUCAUAAGGGUCUUCUUGGAAAACUUAAAGAAAACUUCCUCACAUGCGUGUAUACACUGGGUUGCAUCCGAAAAUGAUCCCAUCAACACCAAAGUUACACUUCGGUCAGCAACAAGAGAGAUUUUAUCUGUGUCAGCAUUCCCCACAGCUGGGAUUAAUCCUGAAUAAACUUCCCUUACCUUGAUUAGUGGGACUGUGAAAAGGUAUUUUCAGGGCUGCAACCAAUGUUCUGUCUUCACGAGACAUGCGGGUGCUUGUAUUAGAGGGCUUUGCAGUUGUCUUCCAUGUUGCUGGAUUAGCUUUCCCGCUUCUGUCUUUUAGCCCUUUUGCUUUUUAUUUCUUAUACCUAUAACUUCUGAAAAUGUGCCAGCAAUGCAUAAGCACUUUGAUUCUGUUUUGGGGGUGUGGGAAUAUUAAUUUUAUAGUGGCUAAUAUUUGAAAACAAUUCCCACCACCAAACUCUCACAGUAGGGAAUACAUAACUCCUUUUGUGAUUGGUACAAUCAGCACACUUGGAUAUCAAACAGUUGUAACAUGAAAUAGUGGUAGUAUGGACUGUAUAGUUUUAAACCCAAAUGUGGUUGAUGGAAAGGGUUCAUUCUUUCACAGUUCUUAAAAUACAAGGGUGGUAAAUGUGUAUUAUUUAAAGACUAGUGUAGUUUGAGACAAGCGGAUUGUAAAUCAAUCUGUACACUGCUAAUCGCAAAGGCUACAGUGUGUGUGGAUGUGGACAAGCUUUUGUGUUCAAUGUUUUCAAGAUCCAGCCCUGUAAAUAUGGGAAUAAUGGUGUUGAGGUGUAAAUAGGUAAUUGGGAAAUGCUUACUGAUAUAUUUUACAAAAGCAUAUUUUAAUACUGUUAGUUUAAAACAAUAUAAAACUUUAUAUUAUGUUGCCCUGAUACAGAAUUUGGGGCACAUUAAUCUGCAUACAGGCCACUACAUGAAGAUAUCUUAUGAGACCAGACAUGUAGUUCCUCUUGCAUUAUCCCCUUUUUUUGAAUCUUGCUUUUUAUCCUCCACACAACUGGCUUGUGUGCACCUCUUUUUUGCACACAAUGUGCUGUAUUCAUUUCCCCAUGUAGAUGGUAUUUGCUGGUUGUAGGUUGGUGCACACAUUGGGUUUCCUUUCUACGGCAGACAUAUGUUUUUAGCAGCUUUCUCUAGAAUUCAAUGUGUUUUUUGUCAUUGCUCUUCAGUGUUGCUUUCUUUUCUAUGUUUCUGUGGAUGCUGACUAUAUGACCAUUGACAAAGAGCUAGGGUAUAAAUAACUACAAUUAUUUCCUAAGCAAGGUAGAAUGAUUUUUAGAGAUGUGUUAUCUUUUUGUAUCUCUUUUAGGUUAUUUACAAAAGGGUUGGCAUAUGCUGGGAAAACUGGGAACUGGAGCUAUGCCCGCUUUGCAGUCUUGUGGAAUUGCUGCAUUUUAUAAAUGCUCAUCUAGAGGGCAUCUGAUCAUUGUGUGUUAUGGGCACUUUCUGCAGCGGGUUUCAUGGGAAGAAAUAUGAGGGUUAAAUUUGUUUCUUAAUGUAUUUUCCUGAUGAUGCUUUUAUCUGCAGAUAUCUCUGAUGCAAUAACAUUAAGCUGCUCUUUAAAUCAGCAUGUGCUAAAAUCUAUUUGUCAGAGCAUGGAAAUGCACAGGUUCUAUCUGAAUGCAAAAACCUGCAGCCUGAAAAGACAUUUGAAUUUAAUAAUUUUUAUAUAACUAUCAUUUAUGGUACUUUACAGCAGAAAUGGCAAUCCUAUGUGGGAUCCAAACUAUUUUGUCACUAGAUGUAGAAAGUAAAAUUGAAUAAAGUAUUGUUUCACAGA